AUGAAGAACCGACCGGCACUGGCGGUGCUGCUCUUCCUGGCGCUGCCGCUCGCCCUCGCCCGCCGCGCCCCCGCCGCCCCGCCCGGCCCCGCGCAGGGGAUGCCCGUCCCGGAGCCGCUGCCGUGGAGCGCCCGCGGCAGCCCCGGGGCCGCCGCCGCGCUGGAGCUGCUGCGGGAGGAGGGCGCCGGUCGCCGCGCAGCGCCGCAGAAGAGAGACAUGCACGAUUUCUUCGUGGGACUCAUGGGGAAGCGAGCAGCGGAGCCCGAGCGAGCGGCGGGGCGGGGGAGCGGCGGCCCGGCCCCCCGGUGCUCCCCGGGACCCCCCGCACCCGGCGAGGCCCCGCUGCGGGCGGCCUGA